ACGUCUUACCACCAAGAACUUUGCUGGAAACUUCCUUUUCUCCUGCAGAGCAGAAAUUGAGAAAGUGAGAGCUUUGCAAUUUAUACGGAAUAAAGACGCGGAUUUUAUAGACAUAUGGAUUGCCCAGUUGAUGAAUUGAUGACGAAAACCAAGAACCCCCUUCUGAUGCAGAAGGGUUGAGAGAGAACCAGUUGCUUACUUUUGCAUUGGGGAGGGGGGGUUUGGAUUAAUGUGAAAUGCGGAGAUCAGUUGAAGCAUUUUUGCUAAGAAAAGCUGCGCAUUAUUAUUUUCUUCAAAGGAAAGCCUUGAACAAGCUGUCACUGUCCCUCCUGGUCACCUUUUGGUGGCUGAUUUUCGCUUCAUGCAUUUACAUCAAUCUUGGCAAUGCUCUUGGAGGAUUAGACACAUCAGAUGUCCCGGAUGGUAAAGUUUGCUUGCCUGAAUUUGGGCCAGGAUCACUGAAGACAUUUACUUUGGUACCUGAAAGUCAUUGUGCUGUUAUUUGUCAUGACUUCCUUGGUAAGAGUGCUCAUUGUGAAGGUGUUGGUUCAAAUGUACCUGGCAGUCAAAUAGAGUCUAAACAAGAAUGUAGAAAUUUUGCUGCAAGUUCUGAAGAGCAGAUUGAAGUUAAGAAUUCAGGUGUCCAAGAUGGUUUGGACAAAGAUGCACGAAAGGGUGAUAGGGUGGCACGUGAUGAACCACCAAAAUUCGAUGAAUUUAAGCAUAAGGCUAUUAGUCCUAAAGAAAAUACUAUGGGUGGCCAAACUGGAAGCACUAUGCAUAGGGUUGAGCCGGGUGGGGCUGAGUAUGAUUAUGCAUCUGCUUCCAAGGGAGCGAAGGUCUUGGCCUUCAACAAGGAGGCAAAGGGUGCAUCUAACAUUUUGGGCAAGGAUAUGGACAAGUAUCUGCUCAAUCCAUGUUCAGCUGAAGAGAAAUUUGUGAUAAUAGAACUUUCUGAAGAGACUUUAGUUUAUACUGUUGAAAUAGCCAACUUCGAGCACCAUUCAUCCAAUGUGAAGGAGUUCCAGGUACUGGGUAGUCUGGUUUAUCCAACAAAGACAUGGGUCAAUCUUGGCCAGUUCACUGCUAAAAAUGUUAAACAAUCUCAGAGAUUUAGAUUAUCAGAGCCAAAGUGGGUGCGAUAUCUCAAAUUAGAUUUACUUAGCCACUAUGGUUCAGAGUUUUACUGUACUCUAAGCACUGUGAGAGUUUAUGGUGUUGAUGCUGUUGAGCGCAUGCUAGAGGAUUUGAUCUCUGUCCAAGAUGAUCGGUUUACUUCAGACGAGUCAGGAGAUGAGAAGUUGAUCUUUUCCCAACCAGUGCCCUCUCAAAUUGAUGGGCUUCAUCAGAACCAAUUUACAGAAUCUGCCUUGGGAGCUGCACACGAAGAUUCUAAGCAGAAGCUUGACGUUUCAAAGAGUAAGUCAGAUGAACAAAUUAGUGAUAUACAACCACAGCCAGUAGGAAGAUUGCCUGGGGACAGUGUUCUUAAGAUAUUGAUGCAAAAGGUGCGGUCACUGGGCAUAAACUUAUCCAUUCUGGAGCGGUACUUGGAAGAUUUGAAUUUAAAGUAUGGGGGUCUAUUCAAAGAAGUGGAUGAAGAAAUUGCUGAGAACGCCAUGCUGUUGGAGAAGAUCAGAUUGGAUAUAGCGGAUAUUCGUGACAACAGGGGUGCUAUUGUUAAAGAUUUAUCUGAUUUGGUCCUGUGGAAGUCACUUGUUUCCACACAAAUUGAUAUUCUGAACAGCGAAAAUGCAAUUCUCAGAUCAGAAAUGGAGACAAUCCUGGAUACUCAGGAACACAUGGAAAACAAGAGUGUUCUUGUGCUUCUUCUAACCUUGAUAUGUUUUUUCUUAUCAGCUCUUAAGCUUAUUGUAGAUUUGACUGUAAAUAUGUUUAGUGGAAAGCAGAAAUUUGUGAUGCUUCCUCACUCUAGGUCGUCUUGGAUUUUCUUGCUGUUGUAUUGGGCCAUUGUAGGAGUCAUUCUUUUGUUGUGAUUAUGUUGAGAUCCGUCUCACUUGAAGAUUGAUUCCUAGUAGAUUGAGGAUGGUGAGAAUAUUGUAGUUCUCGCCAUGGUUAUUGUCUCAAUGGUUGAAGUUUGUUUACUUUUAGUUAUGAACUUAUGGGACAGUCGUUCUGAUAGUGUUCAUGGUU